UACCCCAAGCACGUCUGGUCGCCUUCGGGUGGUUGGUACGCCCAGCCGGCCAACUGGAAGAAGAACACGGCUGUUCUCGGUGGCGUCGUCUUCCUCAUCACUGCCGCAGUCUGGAAGCUUAGCGCCGAGAAAGAGUACCGUCACAAGAUGCCCGAGCCUGGUCGCUUUUAUCCCAGCAGAUAG